AAGGCCAUGAGCGUCUCUCAGCGCGUCGAUGAGUGAAGCACAAGCUGGAGUCCUGAGCAUCAGCGGUCCACAGCAACAGUAAGGCGGUCCCUUCUCCUUCCUGAAGCUCCUCCUGGCCGGAGGAAGUGGGCUUUCUGGAUGUCAGCUGCUGAGUGUGAAGGCAGAUCCGCCAUCCUCUCCUCGGCGGCGCAGCACCAUCUGGUCGGCAGCUGAAACCCGUUAGGAACUUCCUGCUCUGCGCCGCGGCUCCAGGACGGUGGAGGAUCGGCCGACGCUCGUUUUCCACUAUGAACCGCGCUUUCAACAGGAAGAAAGACAAGUCGUGGAUGCACACCCCAGAGGCUCUGGCCAAGCACUACAUUCCCUACAAUGCCAAGUUUCUGGGAAACACGGAGGUGGAGGCCCCGAAAGGCACCGAAGUCGUGAAGGAUGCAGUGAGGAAGCUGAAGUUUCAGAGGCACAUCAAGAAGUCGGAGGGCCAGAAGAUUCCCAAAGUGGAGCUUCAGAUCUCCAUCUACGGAGUCAAGAUCCUGGACCCCAAAACCAAGGAUGUGCAGCAUAACUGUCAGCUGCACCGGAUAUCCUUCUGCGCCGACGACAAGACGGACAAACGGAUAUUCACCUUCAUCUGCAAAGACUCGGAGUCCAACAAACACCUCUGCUACGUGUUCGACAGUGAAAAAUGUGCGGAGGAGAUCACCCUCACCAUCGGCCAGGCCUUCGACUUGGCCUACAAGAAGUUUCUGGAGUCUGGAGGGAAAGACGUGGAGACGAGGAAGCAGAUCGGCGGGCUGCAGAAGAGAAUUCAGGAACUGGAAACGGAAAACGCUGAGCUGAAGAAACAACUGCAGGAGCUGGAGGAGCAACUGAUGAUCGCUCAUGUGCCACCACCGCCGGACGCGGCGGGCGAAUCCUUCCUGCUGCACAGGCCGUCCUCUCUCUUCUGGUUUCACAGCGUGUCGUCGCUGUCCUGUCUGGAGAUUUCCUCCGUCACGCUAACGCCCAUGAGCUCGCCGGACUCCAGCGUCUCCGCGGGGAUGCUAACCCCUCCGCCUGCUAAACACGCUCUUCCUCUUCCUCCUCUUCUUCCUCCUAAAGCCGGCGAGGCCUGCAGCAUCCCGCGGCCUCGUGCGGGGAGCGUCUCUGUGAAGCUGCAGUCCACGGACGUUUUCGACAUGGUUCCCUUCUCCACGGUGACGCCGCUGGUUCCCAGCAGGGCCAGUAAUGGCUGCCCUCCGCCGCCGCCAACCUCCCUGCCGCCCGACAUGAGUGAGCCAACAGAACCGCUCGGGUUUGGUGGAAGCGAGGGAAGCGGGUUGACUGUGGUUCUGUCUGCAGGUAAAGAUUUGUUCGGAGCGGAACCGUUUGACCCGUUCACCUGCGGCGCGGCCGACUUCCCUCCAGAUAUCCAGUCGAAGCUCGAUGAGAUGCAGGAGGGGUUCAAAAUGGGACUGACCAUGGAGGGCACCGUCUUCUCUCUGGACCCGCUGGACGGCCGCUGCUGAUGCCAACAAAACUUUUAACUCGUUUGUAUGGAAAAAGUGCCAAUAUCCACUCCAUGAUUGAGAUGUCACAGCCGCCAUCUUGGGGUUUAUAUGCAUUUGCAUUUUGAUUGGUUUUUCAAUAUUUCAGUGUAAACUUGGAUGUGUUAAUGUAAAGAGCUAUUUUUGUAUGAACUGAGAAGAUUCUGGAAGGAGACGUUUCGCGUACCUUUGCUGUAAAUAGUCUGAGAUGUCCGAUGGUACACUCUGUGGCAGAGUUUUCAUAUCUGUGUGAAUUCUGUGUUGGUGACACAUUCCUGUUCUAUGGAGAACAAAAGCUGACAAACAUUAAGUGUUCCAUUAACGCCAACCUUCUGCUUCACUGAAUGGUUUACCUCAGAUUAUUCCUUUUUAUAUAGAUUAUUACUCCAGCCAUAACUUUUUAACCCACUACUCUUCUUUUUUUUUACAUUUUCCACUUUUAAUUCCCCCCAAACUCUGUAAUCAUUGUAUUUUUCUUCCCCUAUGUUUUCCGAGUCCAUACGGAAAUAUUUCUGUUAUUUACUUUUGGUUACUUUGCAGUUAUUAAAGAAACUCCUUCUGGGGAAAAAACA